AUGGCAUGCGUUGAAGGUGAUCCUAAUAAAUCUCUUGAAAAGGUCAGCAUAAAGUGUCUCUUCCAGGAUUCGAGGUUCAAGCAGGACUCUAAUCCCCAUAGAAGGUUUGUAAGAUUCCUGGGAAAGAUCUUUAAGCGAUCUGUUACGACUGAAACGGGAAACCACAGCAGGGAGUUGAAAAAGAAAGAGGGCGUAACCUUGCUGCCACCCGUCCCAGAGUCAUUAUUACAUAAACUUAGAUUCAGGCUCGAGUCUUUUUACUUUCCCAUUAAAAAAGCGCAAAAAGAAUCAGAAAUCGAAGAGUCCAAAAUCGUAAUCAAUGAAAAGCAGGUUCGGGAUUCAGUCUCCUGUUUUCCUGAUGAGAAUGGAGGAAGUGUUGUGUUCUGUUAUCUGCCCGACCUUGUGUUGUACUAUAGGCCACCAGUGAAAGUGACAGGAAGGUCAUGCCCUAUAAAGAGAAGCCCCUGGGACUCGAUGGAGAUCCAAUAUCAAAAGUUUAUGCACCCCUUGGAAAGGUUAGAAAAACAAUUUGAAGAAGUUCCCUUUAGGCCCUGGUAUUUCGCUAUGCGGUUGAAGGAACUUUAUAGGUGCUGUGAAAGGUCCUUAACUAACGCGGCAAAUAGAGGUAAAACAAGGUUAUUGCGGGGGAAACAGAGAACAAAAAAAUCGUACCAUAAAACUGUCAAUUUAGUCUCUAUGAAGAUUUCCACCCAUUCAAAUGCGUCAUCGCACCGCUGA